CUUGCCUUGCUGCCUGCGAGGACGACGUCGUCGUCGUCUUCACUUCGCCUGUCUGCGUUCGCCAUCCCUCUCCUCUCUCGCGCGUGGAGGUGGCCGGGGCCCGGACGGGACUCUAGUCGUCCACUCUCCUGCUGCUCCUCCUCUUCACCUCGCUCUCGCUCUCUCUCUCUCUCUCUCUCGCUCUCUCUGCAGUACGAGUAUCGUGUCCCGUCCUGUCUCUCUUGGCCCCCGCCCUACCCGUCGCGCUUUCGUGUCCGUCCUGGUGCUGCUGCAUCUGCUGCCACCUUUUCCCCGAUUACAAUCGUCGUCCCGACUGAAGAGAUUGGAGCGAGCAGUUUUAGAGGGUCGGAUGUGAGGGAACAGCAUUUGGGGCUCCUAUUGUUGUGCAGCGUAGCUAGAACUGUGCUGAUAUCUCUCAGAAAUGACGAUGCCUUAAACGUGGCCUCAUUUCCAGUACUGAAACAGCAUGUUCUUCAACAAGUUCCGUUUGACUAAGCAUGGAAUACCGUAGGCGGGUGGACUGUGACGUUUGUGAGUAAGAGGGUUCUCAAGUGAUCACUGAAGGCGAUAUACUUGCACCAACAGAAGCGGCGUUGACAGUGUUCAUCGCAGAAAUAACAUGACGCUCACUCGAGAACAGGGCUCAGCUGACUUCAACCAUCAGGGACCCUCAUUCUGAAGACAUAUAGAGAUAUUAUGGCAGAUACUGUCAUAGAUUCUACAUCACCUUCUAGAGGUCGUGAUUUCGGCCCUGGUGAUUUUGUUGAGGUUAAUGGUGGCCUUGAGGUCUUCCGCCAUGCCUGGGUUGCAGCACAGAUCAUCAGGGUUGAGGAGAUGCAAGGAUUCUCACGUUACCUCAUAUCAUAUGACUCUUACAAAGACACUCUUGAACACUGGCUGGCAUGCGAAGAACCUGAUGCUAACAUAUCAGAAGCUUUUGACUAUCCUCAUGGUGGUACCAUUCGUCCAAAACCACCAAAACAACUUGAACUUGCGUUGCAUGAGGGGGAUACGAGUCUGAUUCCCUUCAAGGAAGUAUGUGUGAAUGAUACGGUGGACGCUGCCAUUGAGAAUGCUUGGUGGCCUGGGAGAAUCGUCAAAGUCAUGGCUAAACAGACACUGAUCGCAUUGAAUGACGGCAGGGAGGUGACUAUGAACAUGUCCAAACUAAGGAGACAUGUAGAUUGGACGGGGGAUGACUGGUCUUUGCCAGGGCAUGAGAUAACAUUCACACUUAUUGUGGAAGAAGAUUCGAAGGUGACAUUCCGACCUUACGUUGGUGAAGGCUUGUUAAGUCCUAACAGACACAUGGUUACUCGCUUGACGAAGAAUAUGACAACGCAUGUGCCUUCAUUUGCUAGAGCCCUCGUGAAACGGUGUUUGGGCCCAGCUGGCAAAUUGUCUUUUCCAGUGAUGUUUAUGAAGCAGUUCAUCAAAGGAAGAGAAGGAGUAGCAACUCUGGAAGAUGCCAAAGGGGCCAAGUGGGAAGUUGAAUGGGCUGCGUGGGAGCAAUCUGGCAGAAGGCUUGCCCUUACCCGUGGGUGGCCUGAAUUCGCUGAAUCACAUCGAGCACAAAUAGGUGAUGUUUUGCUCAUUGAAAUCCUGUCUCGGGAUCACUUCAAGGUCCGAUUUAUCAACUCCAAACUCAGGCGGGCAAUCAGAUCUCGUUCCCAUUCUAAACAGGCCAAGUGCAAAAAUAGGGCUCGACCUGAGAAAAGCAGGAGUGAUGAUGAUAGGAAGGUGAAGAAAACCUAUGGAGAUACGUAUUCGAGCAAGAAACUGAAUGGUGCCAGCCAGCCACUAAGGUUUGAGGGUGGAGGAGAGAAGACUCCAAGCCAGAGUACGCAAACAGCAAGUACAACGCUUGAGGAGUCUUCUGCCUCCGACAAGACUCUGUAUGAACAAGGAGGCAAAUCGGGGAAGGAAGAUGACUUUGAGGAAUGGGACCUACAAAGAUCAUCUGGAUAUCCUUCCUGGAGAUCUCUUUCACAGGGCCAUGGUUCUGCUUCAGAGAUGACCUCUCUGUCCUCCAUAUCACGAGCAAGAACUAAUUUUCGAAAACAUAGUAUCCGCGGGGGGCAAUGUCCACUUCCUUGGGCUUCUGUAACUAAUGGUGCACAGCAAACGUUGAGUUCACCAGUGAGGCCCCCGAAGUCCGGAUCAGCGCUCCCGUCUAAGAGCCCUAUCUCUGGCAGGACAAGAUUUCAUCAAGUGGUUAGCAGGCCGAAUUCUUCCACAGUUGUGUAUUGCCAAUCAACGAAGAGCAAAUGUUCGCAGUAUUGCGUUCAAGGUCACCAGUUCUGCUUGUGGCAUAUUCUUGAGGACCCUCAUGCUCCUUACAAGCAGUGUGAUUACGUUGAAGCUUCAUCAAAAGAUAGAUGUCGCUUCCCUGUGAACCUCCAGAUUGAAGAUAACAGGUACUGCCAAAUGCACAACAACAAUCAUGGAUUUACUCUAAGUCCUCAAACACUGAAGAAACAACAAGGUGUGGAACGUCCUCCAAUAGGAGAGUUCACGCUUCUGGUUCUAGCUGCAACGGUGGCGAACGAUGUGGAGGUGAAGGAGCCUCCUAAGAUUGUGCGCACUGUAGAAGCAAACAAUUACAUCCAAGUCAGGAGUAUUUCCAACGAUCCAAAGCAAGUAGCUAUGGACAUUAGAAAGAAUUCUUCAACUGCAGUUAUUACAGUUUCGAGCAAAUGUGCCAAAGCCAAUGGGCCAGGAUUCGUCAAUUCAUCAGGAGACAAAUGCCGCGUCGUGGAAGAGCAGUUUCUGGGCAGAUCUUGCAGUACAGAUGAAAUCAUUGGUGAACUUGGUGCAUUGUCUACCUUUGGUCAGAUCAGGAAAGAGGACCUGAAUGGGACUUUGAACAUUUCGAAGAGACUCAAAUCUGAUCACACAGGGUUGCCAGGUAGCACCCUAGACAAGAAUGGACUCGUAUGCCAACGUACUGCAGCCAAUGCGGAACAAAUCUCCGCAUCUAAAGGAAGAAGUCCAUCAACUGGAGCUGGACUGUCAGAAGUGUUGACACUGAUCCCUGGAGGGGCUACUUCAAGUAGCAAGUCCGCGAUAGAUGGUGCUCUGCCCUUAAGUAAGAAACCAAUUAUGGGCAUAGAGAAAGUCUGCAGAAGUAAUCCCUUAUUUGCCCAAAGUAGUGCUGUAAAAAAGAAGUCCACCCUGAACAACAUACUCUGUCCUAUAGAUAUUGGACAGAUGGAUUUUUCUCGGGUUGGGCUAAAUUGUGUUCCUUCCAGGCUGUCAGCCUCCUCAGCAAUCACUGGUCCAAAGGAAACUGUUGUGAAAAGUCCUUUGUGGUUCUUCCGAAGUGUCGAUCUAGGUGAGAUGGAUCCUACAAGGAUGGGGCUAAAGUGUUCAUUUGGUGAGACGAAGGCAGCCUCAAAACUGACCAUGCCAAAGCGGAAACAGAAGGAAGAUACAGUGGGACCGGAGGCAUCCAGCGACAAACUACCAGGAAAGAGGCGAUUCUUUUCUCAGUAUGUCGGUGUUCGAAAGCGACCUUGGGGUGCUUAUGGAGCUGAAAUUCGGACUCCUGAGGGUAGGCGUUUGUGGCUAGGGACUUUCACCACAGAGGAGGCAGCUGCACGAGCAUAUGAUCAUGCCGCUAGAUUGUAUCGUGGGGAGGGUGCAAUGACCAACUUCAAUUCUGUGGGAUAUCCGGUUGAACCAGUUGAUGAGAAAUCUGGCCUGAAGGAGGCUCCCAAGAAACGGAGGUCUUCAAACAAUAAACGCAAAGAUGAUGAAUCGGCUUCUAGCCCAGUCGGUGAAGGCAAGAGACCUAAGGUUCAGAAAGCAGAGGCACAGAGUGCUGGUUCUGGCACUCCACCGACUGAAAAUUUUGUACACACAGAAGCAAGUGAGGCAGGAAAAUUUGGAAAUUUCCUGGUUGAUCAAGGGAAUCAAAAUAGUGAAGGUGGCACCUCUGACACAUCUUUGGCAGCUCAACAAGAGAAGGAGGGGAUUACGUCUCUGCAAACUCCAGAAGGUCUGUCCUCUGCGGGAUGCGCCCAUGUUCCUUCUACUGGAGAAGAUUUUGAAGCAAGUAGGUCAGCUGCGGGAGAUCGAGGAGUUCAAACAGUUGAUAGUGAGCAGAUGAAAGAAACGAAGGCUAAGAUUGGAGAAGAGGCAGACUUAAUUGUGGAGCACACUGACACAAGCAAGAUUGCCGAGUUACCCGAAGACGGUUAUCAAGCCACUGAGCACGAUAUGCAGGUUGACUCCAUACACGCUGGGUCCUGCGGUGGGAAUACGGUUUCGCGGCCCAGUCGUCAGAAGAAGUUCAAGAGAAUCUCCACAACAGUGGUUCAUGACUCGGACAGUUCAUCUGGUAACUCUUCAGAUGAACGGAAGGAAUGCGAAGAAACGUCUGUGAAAGAGGAGGACGCAACUUUGUCAGGUGAAGAAAGUCCACAGAGCGGAUCAUCAAGAUUGGAGUUGACGGAGGAGGAAGGUGUGCAGGCAAAGAUGCAAGGAGACAUACACGAGGAGAUAACAAGGAAAGGGAAGGCUAAGGAUCUCGCACAGUGGUUCACCAAGCAGCGCCUAGGGCCAGGUAAGGGCUCAAAAGAAAACAGUCAGUGCAAAACCAUCAAAGAUGAUUUUUCUGAAGUCCCUGAGAAGGAAACGAGUCUAGGUAAGAGCAACAAGGCACCUUCAUCGCAGAUGGAGAAGAUGCAGCCUCGCAAAGAAGAAGGACGAGGGCCAGAGAAGAACAAGGUAUCCACGGAAGGGAAGAGAGCGGUGUCUGCAGACCAGCCUCCAGUUCAAAAGUCAAGUAAGGAGUCGAAGUCCUCAAUCAAGGUUGCAGGGAGUAAAAGUGUGCCACCAGAGUCAUCUCUUCCAAGCUCCAAAAUUGUUACAAAGAAGGCUGUACCGAGUGUCUUGGAAUCAGAGAAAGAACUGACAACAACGAAAAUUGCCACAAAGAAAGGCAGUUCUAGUGCCAACAGGUCUAGCAAGAAGCCUUCUCCAGCAUCCGGGGAAGCAACUAAAGCACAGCAAGACGGGGGUGAAACACAUCAACCUGUGAAGAGAGCUCCUAGAGGAGAUUUUCUCUCAAGAAUUGGGGCAGAUUGCUACAUAGAAUCCGAGUAUGCACGUGUGUACAAGACAACAUCGAAACGAAGGGCAAUGCUGGACAAGAGUGGAACAAAUCAAGCGGCUGCUGCUGCUGCCGCCGCAGCAGCAGCCUCUGACAAAGAUUCAACAGAGCAAUCGAAAGGUUCUUCUCAGAGGAGUGCACCUCAUCAGGCCAAGGGAAAUCCUUCAGCUACAGAUGUUUCUACGCCUAGUAAACACAAGAAGGAUGAGAUAGCAGACGGUGAUUCUAUUCAUAACGAAGAUGAUGAUACCACGAGGUCAUCAGGAGGAAACAGUUCUGGUGCGAAGUCGAAACGAAAGGAGGCUGACAAUUCUGGUGUUACCAACCACUCCAAAUCUGGCAAAAAGAAGUUGCUAGAAAGAACCUCAUACUUGGGUGUGCAGUCCACACCGAGCGGUCGGUAUAAAGCCAAAAUUUACCUGCCGAAGGUAAAGAAACACUUGUAUGUUGGUAUGUACGAUUCGGCUGAAGUUGCAGCUCGGGCAUACGAUGAAGUGGCAUUUACGAAGCGAGGAGAAUGUGUUCGCCUAAACUUUCCAGAAGAAGUACCUCUUCUCAGAGCACGUCUGAAAGAGGCUACUAAUGAAGACGCCGUGAAAUCCAAGAAGAACGAGGUACCAUUGAAGAAGAGUUUGAUACAAAGAACCAAUUUUGGGAGCUAUCACGCGAUGUUGUAUGACCCUGGAGUGAAGAAGUACAGGUUUCUUGGGGACUUCACUUCUGUCAAGGAAGCAACAAAGGCUUGUGAUGCUGCGUUUAGUUCUCAGUGGGACGAUGCUUCAGCUGAUCCUCCUGAUGAAGAGGAAGACUCCGACAACGAAAAGCUCAACACCUUUUCGGAAAAACGGCCGAGAACCAGUUAUGGUGGAGGUUCUCCAAGGUCAACAACUCGAUCUUUACGAUCAAAUGAAACUUCUUCACCACAUGACGCUAGCGAGUCAGCAAAGCAACAUGAUUCGAAGAAGCCAAAGCAAUCUGAGUUUAAAGGUGUAUAUUGCAGUGGAAGCAAGUUUCAAGCCAUAUACUACAAUCCUGAGAACAAGAAACCCACUUACAUUGGAACCUACCUCACUGCACCUGAGGCAGCAUAUGCCUACGACCAAAUCGCCUAUGAAAGGUUCGGAGAAUCUGCUGUGCUUAAUUUCUCCAUGGACGAGUUUCCAGAUCAGGUUGAUAAUGGUGAUGUGUACAGUAGGCAGGGUUCAGAUACCAAUAGAAUUGGAGAAUUAAACACUUUGGCAAGCUCAGCUUUGAAGAGAGAAGGCACAGAUUCUGUAGAAGUUGAUGCUAUUGCAACAGAUUUCCUCAAAGAUCUGGGCAUGAGGAAAAGUCUACGACGGGGGAAAGAUCUUAAAAGCAAUCUUGCAUCGGGAUCCAUUCAAGGUAGUCAUGAUGGGGGAAGCAAAGGUUCAGGCGAGAAGAGGCGUAUGAGCGUCAGAGAAGAUGCUGAGAGCGCCCGAGACAGCACAGGUGGUGACGAUGAGGAGGCAGAUCAGAGAGAGAGCUCUGAUACAGAUAAUUUGCCUUGUACGAAAACUCACUGGUGUUUAGAGACAGAAGAAUCGGGAAAGAAGAUCCAUGCCUCAUAUCAUAACCCUGUGCAGAAAAAAUCCUAUAGUCUCGGAGCAUUUGAUAGUUUUGAAAAAGCAGCUCUAGCUUUUGAAGAGAAGGUAAACGAAGAACUUCAGUUAUCUAGAGCUAUCGUAUCUGCUGCGGAGGUUAGAAAAGCUUCUGGAAAGCAGACUAUUGAGUCCAAGGUUACUGAGCCUGCCCUUUUAGAUAGCCACUUUUCCACAUAUGAGCACGAUGGGACUUCAUCCCUUACUCUCCAAAACACGGGCGCAAGCUCAGGUGGUGAAGGCCCAGGGGCUGCUUUAGAUUUAGACACAGGUGAUGAUGCCCCAGAGGUAGCAUUGACCAUGCUUUCAUGGGCGAGUAGCAAGGUCGCCCCAUUAGCUGCAAUUGAUGGCAAGAAAGUCCGCAAGCUGAAUCGUCCUCUUGAUCAAGGGGCCCCAGAUGAUCUAGCACUAGCUCUGGACAGGCGACCCGCUGUCUUGGGAGUGAAGGCUCCCGAAAAGACUUGGUUGAGUCUGUAAUAGAAUGUACAUGAAACAGCCCUAACCCAUUUUUCGGUGACUCGUCCCCAGCUUAAUUAUACAGUCAAGCUGAUUACUCAUUUAUUAACUCUGAAGAACAGAUGUUUGUCAUUUGCAAAUAUCUGUUCUGCCACAACUAGGAUGCAGUGGAGAGCAGUUGAGUUCGGCUAUGGUGCUGGAAGUGUACAAAUCUGCAGUACCAAAGUCUGUCAAUGAGCUCUUGUACUUUUGUAUAGGAAUUAAUUUACAGCAGGCAUGGAUCCAGGACAGUGACCUUUGUGGAGACGGUGCCAUAGUUGUAGUCUCAGGUUUUGUAAUGAACUGGAAAAAGUUUUCCUCCUCUGAGUCUUACUCGCACCUACCGACCAUCCACUGUCCGUCGCAGGUUCUCAUGCACCUGGGAGUUAGAUGCUGUCUGAAUUUUUCUUUAGAUAGGGAAUCAGUAACAGCAUUGCCCAUGAUCAGAAAGUAUGAGUCUUGCCCCACACAUCAAUGGGCGAGUUUGAUGAUCACAACCUUACGGUAGGCAAUUUACCAGUUACUGCUUUCAAUCCAAGUUGAUGCAUGUUAUGUCUUCAGUUCCUUGCAGUCUCUAUUAAGCAGCUCUGGUCCUGAACCAUUUGAGCACUAUAUCAUCAUUUGGUUUGGAAUACAUAUCAUCUGGACUGUUCUUUUU